AUGAACGUGUUCGGUAAAAAGGAAGAAAAGCAGGAAAAAGUGUACUCUUUGCAAAAUGGGUUCCCAUACUCCCAUCAUCCAUACGCCUCCCAAUACUCUAGGCCUGACGGUCCUAUCUUGUUGCAAGACUUCCAUCUACUGGAAAACAUUGCUAGUUUUGACAGAGAAAGAGUUCCGGAGCGUGUCGUCCACGCCAAGGGCGGUGGUUGUAGACUAGAAUUCGAGUUGACAGACUCCCUAAGCGACAUUACGUACGCCGCUCCAUACCAAAAUGCCGGUUACAAAUGUCCUGGUCUUGUCCGUUUCUCCACUGUUGGUGGUGAAAGUGGUACACCAGAUACUGCAAGAGACCCAAGAGGCGUUUCUUUCAAAUUCUACACCGAGUGGGGGAACCACGACUGGGUCUUCAACAAUACUCCCGUAUUCUUCCUCAGAGACGCCAUCAAGUUUCCCGUAUUUAUCCACACUCAAAAGAGAGACCCUCAGUCUCAUCUAAAUCAAUUUGAGGAUACUACCAUAUACUGGGACUAUCUGACAUUGAACCCGGAAUCGAUCCAUCAAAUAACGUACAUGUUUGGUGAUAGAGGCACUCCUGCCUCUUGGGCUGAUAUGAACGCUUAUUCUGGUCACUCAUACAUUAUGGUCAAUAAGGAAGGUAAGGACACUUACGUGCAGUUCCACGUCUUAUCAGAUACUGGCUUCAAGACCUUGACCGGCGACGAAGCAGCUGAGAUUUCUGGUCCUCAUCCAGAUUAUAAUCAGGAAAAGCUGUUCACUCAGUUGCAAAAAGGUGAAAAGCCAAAAUUCAAUUGUUAUGUGCAAACAAUGACGCCUGAACAAGCCACUAAGUUCAGAUACUCGGUCAAUGACUUGACCAAGAUCUGGCCACACAAAGAAUUUCCUUUGAGAAAAUUUGGUACAAUCACUUUGACAGAAAACGUUGAUAACUACUUUCAAGAGAUCGAGCAAGUAGCAUUCAGUCCAACAAACACUUGUAUCCCAGGCAUCAAGCCUUCCAAUGAUUCCGUCCUACAAGCUAGGCUUUUCUCUUACCCAGACACACAGCGUCAUAGGUUGGGAGCCAACUAUCAACAACUGCCUGUCAACAGGCCGAGAAACUUGGGUUGUCCAUACUCUGAAGGAGAUCCUCAGUACUCCGCGGAACAGUGUCCAUUCAAAGCCGUGAACUUUCAAAGAGACGGUCCAAUGAGUUACUACAAUUUCGGUCCUGAGCCAAACUAUAUUUCAAGUUUACCAAACCAAACUUUGAAGUUUAAAAAUGAGGACAAUGAUGAAGUGUCUGACAAGUUCAAGGGUAUCGUUCUGGAUGAGGUGACUGAGGUUUCCGUAAGAAAACAGGAACAAGACCAAAUCCGAAAUGAACAUAUCGUCGAUUCCAAGAUCAAUCAGUAUUAUUACGUCUAUGGUAUGAGUCCAAUGGACUUCGAACAGCCAAGAGCUCUAUUCGAAAAGGUCUACGACGAUAAACAAAAGAAAUUAUUCGUUCAUAACGUUGUUUGCCAUGCUUGUAAAAUCAAGGAUCCCAAGGUGAAAAAGAGGGUCACUCAGUAUUUCGGUUUGUUGAACCACGAUUUGGGUAAAGUCAUUGCAGAAGGCUUGGAAGUUCCUUGGGAACCUGUUAACCUUGAAGGUUACGCCAAAACCUGGUCCAUUGCAAGUGCCAACUAA